GGUUGCCGGAGUACCCUCCUUGACCUCGUUGACUUUCAUUCGCUACCAAUCGCGCCAACACUCGAACACUUACGACCUACAUAUGAGCUUUGAAAUAAGAAGAACUUUAAGACAUUAUCACAUUCACUCACUUAGUUCGGUCCCAACAUUAAACAGUCAAAAUGAGGCAACACGUUUGGACGCUAGCAGUACUGGCCUGUCUUGUCGCUUUCUGUAGCAUCGCCGAAAGUAGAUCACUAGUUAAAAGAGAGGCGAACGGAGGCCACGAUGUAUAUGCACAUGGACAUGGAUACGCAGAUAAGAAGAAAGUGGAGGCUGCCUUCGGGAUUAAGAACGCUAUUUUAGGUUUCGUCUUUAACAAAAUCAAUUCAUUCAUCGACCAGAAGACCGCCUGGAUCGACCAUUUGGAUCAUACCAACAUAGCCAAAAAUAAGGCUCAAGGUAUAGAACCGCCCAAAGAUCCGGUGGUUUCCCUGUCCGGAAUAGUGUCGGGCUUUAUCGGCGAUAAGCUGCAACAGGCGGGUCCACUAAUUACUGCCGUGACCAACAAGCUCACCAGCAGCUCGUCUAGCGGCCACCACAGCGGGUUCAAUUUCGGGGCCCUUGUCGGCGGCGGCGGUGUAGGUGCCCCCGUGGCACACCCCGGUGCCCACGCUGGCGCCACCCUCUCGGCGGGAUAUGGGGCUGUUUAAUGGGGCCUUUAACGAGCAAAUUGCACUGUUACAACAAGCAUAACUCUUGCCUUGAACACGAGCAAAAUGUAAAUCUGUGGCAAUCUUAUUCUAGUCACUUUAUUUGUAGUAAUCCAAUCGGCCCGAAAUUUAUCCACCCUGCGGGCGAUUCGUGAUAUUCGUUCACUUUCACUUGAUCAAAACCCGUUAUGGUUGUUGUAAUCGUCCUAAUUUAUAUAAAACUUAAUACUCAAACCAUUUCGCAACUCACUUUAUGUUGUUAACUAAAUUGUCUCUUGUGAUGUCUCUUCCUUCGCCUUCUCUCUUCAAAUUCUGUCCUCCUAAUUUAUUUAAGCCUUUUUGUUAUUGAUUCGCUUCAUUGUAGAAAAAUCAUGAAAAUCAUUAUAUUCACAAUAUGUCAUCCCUUUCGUAUAACAAUUUGAGAUUUACGUUGUAUAUAUUUUAUUGUGAAUAUGUUGAAUUAGUAUUAGAUUAUUGUAAAUAAAUAUUUGAAAUAAAUAAUUUAAUAUAA